CCAAUCGUGGCCUCAAAAUCGCCAUUGAUAUUGACUUGGCUUCACAUGGCAGUCCUUCUCUCCUCGAGCGCAUCCCUACCGACCUCACGACUCCUCCUAGCUCAUAUCGGUGCCGCCUUGACAUUGUUUCUCGCCACUACUGAUGCUACUAUCGUGUCUACCAUUUUACCUACUAUAUCUGCCCAGUUUGACGGGUCGCAAAUAGAGUACACAUGGGUUGGAGUCUCUUACAUGUUGACCCAAACUGCGUUCCAGCCUUUAUAUGGCAAGCUCUCUGAUCUAAUUGGUCGCAAGCGUGUAUUGUAUAGCAGUAUGUUUAUCUUCGUCGCAGGAUCUUUGCUCUGCGGGGCGGCACGUAGUAUGCUAUGGCUUAUUAUGGCUCGUGCAUUGGCGGGUAUUGGCGGUGGAGGUAUUGUUAGUUUGGUCUGGACUAUUACUUCGGAAAUCGUGGAUUUUCAGUCACGCGCGAAGUGGUCGCAAGCACUUAGCAUCACUUGGAGUUGCUCGGCGAUUGCUGGCCCGCUCCUUGGCGGUCUGUUCAGCGGACAACAUGGCAUAAUGUCUUGGCGUUCGGCUUUCUAUUUGAAUUUGCCUGUGUGCAUCAUAGCAUUCGUAGUACUUUGGAUUGCGCUUCGGGACGUCAGCGUUGGAUGUCCCCAUGACGUAUCUUGGAGUCAAUUCUUGCAACGAUUUGAUUUCGUUGGUCUCCUUCUUUUUAUGGUUGGCAGUAGUUUAAUUGUUGUUGGUUUCAGCUUUGCCAGUCUUUAUGGCUGGAAGGCUCCAGUAACACUGUGUCUCAUUGUAAUUGGGCUUAUUGUCUUGUUCAUUGGGGCUGUGUAUGAGUUAAGAACUCACAGAGAUGCACUAUUCCCCCCUUCAACAUUCAGUGACAGGACAGCCAUCAUCAUACUAGUCAUCAACUUUCUGCAUAACUUUGUUUUCACUGCUGGGACCUUCUACCUGGCCUUGUACUUUCAGUCAGUUCAAAAUCUUGAACCCUUACAGGCAGGGCUCACCAUGCUUCCUUACUCUUUGGGCUCAUCUCUGGCUUCAAUGCCUGCUGCAUGGUUCAUUGGUUACUGGCAAAGGAAGACACUUGACACCAGUGGUCAAAGAUUAAUGAUUUCUCUUGGUCUUGCUGUCUCUGCUCUGGGUUUUGGGCUCAUGGUGCUCUUGGAUGAGAAAUCCAUGCAUCUAUUGCAGAGCAUUUUUCCUCUGAUUGCAGGACUUGGAUUGGGCAUGCUCUUUCAUGCUCCCUAUCAAGUAUUUACUAGGACUCUCAAAUCCAAGGAGAUUGCAUCUGGUACCAGUGCUUUUUUCCUUGUUAGAUUUACUGGGGCCACUAUUGGACUUUCAGUGGCAGGGGCCAUCUUUCAUUCAUAUAUCUACCAUAUUUUACCAGAAGGACUCAUACCCUCGCCAUCACAGGUAGAAGAUCCCGCCACUAUCCUGCCCUUGGACUUGAGAGUUGAAACAUUGAGUGCAGUGGCAUCUUCAAUUCAGAUGAUCUGGAUUGUUUGCUGUCCUUGCGUUGGAGUUGCUUUCCUGAUAUCACUUUUCAUGAGGAAUAUUUCCUCUGAAUCUCAGGAGGACUCAAUUGAUUCCGACAAAACUGUAUGCAACAGCAGCUUGGAUACUAAAAAAUCCGCAUCAGGCUCAAGCGAAACAGACGUAACAGACGCGGAAGCUUGACGCGUCUUUCAAAAACAUACCCCGCUUCUGUUUCUACUAGUAGUCCUCGUACACUUUAGUGCAGAGUAAUAUACCCGUUUUCGUGUU